AUGGGGUCAAUGAAGGAGCAUGGUAGAGGCGGGGACACACUGGAGACCCACAAAAGGGGGUCAGUCUUCACCCUGGACAAAGUGGCGAAGCGAAACACCAACAAGGAGACCUGGCUGGUCAUCAGUGGGCAUGUCUACAAUGUCACCUGCUUCCUCAACGAGCAUCCAGGUAGAGAGGAGAUUCUGUUAGAACAAGCUGGUAGAGGAGCCAGUGCCACUGAGAACUUUGAAGAUGUUGGCCACUUUAUGGAUGCCCGAGAGAUGCUUGACCAAUACCUUAUAGGAGAGGUUCAUCCUUGUGACAGUAAUCCUAAUGCCUCCAAGGUUCCAAACAAGUCUCUCUCGAAAGAAUGA